UAGAAACCUCGUGUGUCAAAGUGCAGUGAAAGUUACUGAUGUGAUGAAGGGUAUCGUAUCGUACAGCACUUUAUGGUGCAUAUUCACACAGAAACAUGAAAUAUGACUUAACAGACCAUGUGAUAGGCAAAUCUAGGUGACUUCUAUUCUGGGUGCUAAAAUGAUUGCCCGAAGAAUGAAUUUAGCAGCUAGCUUGUGCAGAUAUGGAUUUAGUGUCUGGACUCCCUGGGUUCCCAGGAACAAUCCACAUGGUAGAAUUCUUGGGGUAAGAUGUUUGAAUGAAAUACGCUUACAUGAAACGUUUCUUAAAAAUGGAUGGAUGAAGCCAUUUUCUGAGGAUGUUGAAGGAAUGGAACCAGAACAAUGUCACUGGACAACCAACCCAGGACAGAAAGAGCUCAAAACACUCAUUCAAAUGUUUUCUGAACUGGAGGACAAGAAAAGGAAUAUGUCAGCUCUGAUUCAUUUUGAUUAUCUUGUCAAUACCUGGGCUAAAAAGUCUAAGCAUCCAGAGUUUGCAGAAAAAUGGAUGAAGCAUCGUUUACAAAAGAAAAUGAAUAAAAUGCUCAAAAUGUCCUUGAUUCUGGGUUACAUGAAUUCUUUCACAGGCCUUAGUCCCAGUGAAGUGGACGAAAACCAAAUAUUAAAAUGUUUUAUGGAAAUAAAAGAUGACAUAAUAUAUGCCGACAGCUCUACAUUUGCAAUGGUGAUAGAACCUUUGUGCAUGACAAGUAAAUACAAAGAUUGCCUAGAGUUAGUGAGAAACUACAACAAAAGCAUAGAAAACAUCAAAGCUGUGACCCCAAUAAAUAUAGCCAAUCAUCUUCACCAUAUUGUGAAUGCGGCCUUUAGAUACGGAGACAGGGAUGUAAGUGAAGCUCUGAUUGGUCAAUACAAGGAUAAUUUGUCUGCUGCUGUGGUGGAAAAACUGUGGCAAGGACUCCUUCACCAGUCAGACAAGCUGCCAGUUGACUAUACAUUAAGACUUCUAGGUGUAAUACAACACUUCUAUCCAUCAGAUCACAGAGUGGAGGAUCUAAAGCAGGCAUUGAUAAUACAGGGAAAGCAGCCACAGAUAACAGAGACCUUUGUGACUAGAGAUGAAACCUGCAAGAACUGUGGGGCUACGGUUGGACAGUGUCAUUUUAAUGAGAAGAGCUUAGAAAGGAUCCAGGCCUCCAUCUUUGAAACUUUGAACAAACACCACAGUGAAACUUUUCAGACUUUUUUACAAUUCCUCAAAAGGCACGGAAAAUUUGAUUUUGUAGUAGAUGGAAUGUGGGUAAUGCACAAAUUCACCGGUGGCAGUGCUUAUACCCAAGCAGAACGGAUGCAAUCUGGAGAACUCAUGAAGGAUUUUUUACUCAGAGAGCUCCCUGGUCAAAAGUUGGUCAUUGGAAGGAAUAUUUUAUUUCAAAUGGUUGGUGAUAUUUUGGAACAUCCAAGUAUAACCAGAUUUCCAGUAAGAUAUAGCAGGGAUGAGAGGAUGAAGGCAGCCAGUGGUAUUGAUGAUUUAUUUGUGCUGUAUGCUGCAUUACACAGUCAACCUGACUCCUACAUCAUCAGCGGGGACUUCAUGAACGAUCACAAGAAGCAGAUAGACUCUGAACUACAGGAUUUCUACUCUAGAUGGAUGUCCUCCAGAACAAUUCAUCCUAAAUUAUAUUAUUCUCCCAAAACCAUUCUAAAAUGUCAUAAGCAUUUCACACCAAAACCUGUUACAAAGACUGAAAAUGGCUGGCAUAUAGUCACAUCAAGUAUACCUUUACAAACAAAGAGGCACACUGACAACAUCAGACCAACACUUUGGUGUGUACAGGAAUAAUAUGUAAAUACACUGUGAACAUGAAAGAGAAAUAAAAAUCAUAGAAAAA